UUUAUAUCUACCCUUGAUGUCAUUAAUGCAAGUGCGACAUCUUUCUGAGGUCACUACGAGGUCAUUAACCAGAGCUACUGUGGUAUAAUGUUUACGUGACGUACCAACAAUCAAUGCAUAGUCACGAUAUGACGAGCUUUCUUAUUCAUCUUACGGCCGUAUUGGUCAUGUUGACAUCCAGGUCAAGUAGUGUUUAUGGCGUCAUUAGGAAGGAUGCAGACUGUCGGCCACAAAAACCGACUGUUGUGACGGACCCAUCCAAACAGCCAUUGGUCACAUGUUCUAACAAUGGCACCGUCGCAACGCUUUCUUGCAGUGUGAACUUCCAUUGUGCUGAACACCUAAUGAUAGGCUUAGUAUGGGUAGGGUUCUUUGCUCCCGUGACCAACUAUCGUACGGACGACAGGACAGACACUAGUGCUAGAACAGAAAAUGUCCGUUACCAGGGGUAUCCCCUAGAGACGGAACCAAGAUAUAGUUCGACAACACACCAACUAGAAGGUGAUGACCACGUGCUAGAAGCGGUGUUGGAGAUUACAUCGGUGACCGAGGUGGACUAUCAUCGGAGGUUCAAGUGUAUCGUAGUGACAGAGUACAACUAUCAGGCUGCGGGGGAAACGACCCCUGAUAUCCAAAGUCGUAUCUGUCGUAACAACGAUUUGACACAAAGUCACCAACAAGAGGGAAAUUCGUCUGGAACUCUGACUUACUAUAUCGGAACUUUACUACUUACGGCAUUUUGGAGUGUUGAACAGAUAUACUGAUGAGACAUGUUAAAAAGGCUUCAAAUAAAUCAUAAAAGGUUAUUGAUAUUUUGUACAACAGUCACUUGAUAUGUUUCCAAUUUAACUUUGACAUAAAGAUUAUGAGUUUUGUUUUCGAACUGACCUUUUAUUAUUUUACCUAAAGUUCGUCUUUUCCGGGGAUUCAUUUUUUAUUUAGUUUUAAUUAAUAUUACAAGUGUGCAAUCAUUGUUUAAAUGACUGUUAAAUGGCAGGGUAAUAUUUGAAAUAAAACAUUUACUAUAUUAUAUAAAUUAAAGUAUCGUGUGCAGUGAUGGUCGGAAAUAAAACAUUUUGAUAGAUAAUGAAAUUUAUGCUUUGUGAUGCAGAAAACUUACCAUUAUUCCUCCUCCUCCUCCUCCUCCUCCUCCUCCUCCUACUACUACUAAGUAGUGGGCGAUCUAUAUUCAAAUAACAAUGGAAACUUGUAAUUCAUUUGUAACCAAACCCAAUGGAGUUCUGACUGAAAUAACUUGACAUUGUACAUCAACGAAGAUGAAUCCGAUAACGCGAAUGUGAGGAAAAGAAGAUUUUUUAAUUCAUUACGAAAAAGUGAAAAAGCAUAGCGGUGCAUGGAAAAAGCUCCAGUAAAUCGGCGCUUUUUCGGACAAACAUACAAACGAAAAAGUGCCAUUUUAAUCUAAUCAUAGAUGGAUGGAUGGAUGGAUGGAUUGAUUAUAAGACAGGGAAUAAUGUAUGAAAGUGAAGAGGGGGGAAAAUCCAACCACUUUGGUAGGUUUUGUUUUUAAUUAAAGUUGCUUUAAAAGCAUUCGGAUCGCCAUGCAAACCUAUUUUAAAAUCGUGUAAAACAUAAAUUGCUGAAAUAUUUUUAGUUCAAAAGACGCAUAAAGAUUCCAUAUUAAACGUGCCUUUGAAGAAAGAAUACAAAGAAUUUGUUUCCAAGGAACGACACACUAGCUUCUGUUAUUCCCACGACCCAUAUUUUAAAUGUUUCUGUUAUCAAAGUGCCAGCUACAGUUUUUGAUCACUAAAUCAAUAACAGGUGACCAACAUGAUAAAAUUUGAAUGGCUUCAAAAAAAAAAAAAAGUUAAUGCAGAAAGCUUCUACCAAUAAGUUUGUUUGUUCGUUUGUUGUUGUUGUUUUUUUCUAUUAUUUUCCAAUUGUGUGGAGAAUCUUGAAAUAUUCAAAACAAACAAAUGUCCUAUAACUUUUUUUUUUAGUCAGUUUGGUUUUUAUUCACGACUUAUAAGCAUUCCCUUCAAUGCCCUGAUGCACUUUGUGGGUGGCGAGUUGCCCGAGUUCACAAAAAACGUGUCUUACUCCUGUGUAAUGAGCCUCACAUUUUCUCAAAGCGUUUUAUAUUUCCAAAAGGCCUUUUUGUCACAUGUGCAAUAAAUGUUGACAUCGGUCCUCAGUACAUUUCGAUGAAAAACAAUAUUUCUUUUUUAAAGUUGGAAAAUGUCUU